UCGAGAUGAAUCAUGACAAAUCAUCCGUGUGACUGUCACUUGUGAGGCUGUGAAAGAUCCAAAAAGUUGGCUGCUUCUGCAUCUGCUUCUGCUUCUGUCAGUCAAGCUUUGUACUGUACUGUGCUACAGUGCUACUAGUAGGUACCAGCCACAUCGACAAUAAAAGCUCCAGGCUCACAAGCCACAGCUCUCUCACACGAGAGCUCGAGUCUCUCUCGUCGGCGACAAUGGCGAGCGGCGGCGGCGGAGGAGGGGAGGGGGAGACGGUGCUGGUCACCGGCGCGAGCGGCUUCAUCGGCUCGUGUCUCGUUCGCCGCCUCCUCGCCCGCGGCUACUCCGUCCACGCCGCCGUCCUCAACCCCGAUGACAAGGCCGAGACGGACCACCUCCACGCGCUCGCCGCCGCCGGCGGCGGCGAGGGCCGCCGCCUCCGCGUGUUCCCGGGCGACCUCCUCGACGGCGCCGCCCUCCUCGCCGCCGCGCGGGGCUGCUCCGGCGUCUUCCACCUCGCCUCCCCCUGCAUCGUGGACCGCGUCCUCGACCCCCAGGCGCAGCUGAUGGUGCCGGCGGUGGAGGGGACGCUGAACGUGCUGCGCGCGGCCAAGGACGCCGGCGGAGUGCGGCGGGUGGUGGUGACCUCGUCCAUCUCCGCCAUCGUGCCCAGCCCCGGCUGGCCGGCCGGCGAGGUGCGCGACGAGCGCUGCUGGACUGACCUUGACUACUGCGAGAAGAACGGGGUUUGGUACCCUGCUUCAAAAACAUUGGCAGAGAAGGCAGCAUGGAAGUUUGCAGAGGAGAAUGGAUUGGAUGUGGUUGUGGUUAACCCAGGAACUGUCAUGGGCCUGGUAAUCCCACCGACGAUCAAUGCUAGCAUGGCCAUGCUUGUUCGCCUACUCGAAGGUUGCACAGAGGAGUAUGCGGAUUUUUACAUGGGGCCAGUCCAUGUGGAAGACGUUGCUCUUGCCCAUAUUCUGCUGUACGAGAACCCAUCUGCAUCCGGGAGGCACCUCUGCGUGCAGUCCAUUGCUCACUGGAGCGAUUUCGCUUCCAAAGUCGCCGAGCUCUACCCCGAGUACAAAGUGCCAAAAUUACCCAAGGAAACGCAGCCUGGGCUGGUGAGAGCAGAGGCUGCGUCGAAGAAGCUGAUCGCGCUGGGUUUGCAGUUCAGUCCCAUGGAGAAGAUCAUCAGGGAUUCAGUGGAAAGCCUCAAGAGCAGAGGCUUCAUCUCUUGAUCCUUCUAUGCAUUAAUCCUUCUGCCUGAGUAGAUUACUCGUGUGUUAAUGUGUUAUUAUGCCAUUUUCAGCAAGCACUCUGUGUUUAUGAAUAAUGGAAAUGUGCAGAGACGCUAUGAUUGGGAAUGCUCCAGUUGUUGAGCACUUGACAAAUAUAUCAUGCAA